GCGCGCGGGGCGCGCCGGGAGCGGGGCGGACACUAGCGCCUCGGCUCGCCUUCCCCCGCCUCCACGGCGCUGCGCGCUCGGGGCCGACAUGGGCGCCGCCGCGUGGGCACCGCCGCCCUUGGCGUGGCAAGGGUUGCUGCUGCUGCUGCUGUUGCUUCAGCCGCUCCCCGGGCUGCCCGCGGGCUCCUGGGAUCCUGCCGGCUACCUGCUCUACUGCCCCUGCAUGGGGCGCUUUGGGAACCAGGCCGAGCACUUUCUAGGGUCCCUGGCGUUUGCUAAGCUGCUGAACCGCACUCUGGCCGUCCCUCCCUGGAUUGAGUACCAGCACCACAAGCCUCCCUUCACCAAUCUCCAUGUGUCCUACCAGAAGUACUUCAAGCUGGAGCCCCUCCGGGCCUACCACCGAGUCCUCAGCCUGGAGGAAUUCAUGGAGAAGCUGGCGCCCACCCACUGGCCCCCAGAGAGACGGGUGGCGUACUGCUUUGAGGUGGCAGCCCAGCGAAGCCCAGAUAAGAAGACGUGCCCCAUGAAGGAAGGAAACCCCUUUGGCCCGUUCUGGGAUCAGUUUCAUGUGAGUUUCAAUAAGUCCGAGCUCUUUGCAGGCCUUUCCUUCAGCGCCUCCUACAAAGAACAGUGGAUGCAGAGAUUUUCCCCGGAGGAACAUCCAGUGCUCGCUCUGCCAGGAGCCCCAGCCCAGUUCCCCGUCCUGGAGGAGCACCGGCCUCUCCAGAGGUACAUGGUGUGGUCCGACGAGAUGGUGAGGACCGGGGAGAUUCACAUCCGCACUCACCUCAUCCGGCCGUACGUGGGCAUCCAUCUGCGCAUCGGCUCCGACUGGAAGAAUGCCUGCGCGAUGCUGAAGGACGGGACAGCAGGCUCGCACUUCAUGGCCUCGCCACAGUGUGUGGGCUACAGCCGCAGCACUGCGGCACCACUGACCAUGACCAUGUGCCUGCCCGACCUCCAGGAGAUCAGGCGAGCUGUUAAGCUCAGCGUGAAGGCGCUUGAUGCCCAGUCCAUCUACAUCGCCACUGAUUCUGAAAGUUACCUUCCUGAAAUCCAGCAGCUCUUCAAUGGGAAGGUGAAGGUAGUGAGUCUGAAACCCGAGGUGGCCCAGAUUGACCUGUACAUACUCGGGCAAGCCGACCACUUCAUCGGCAACUGUGUUUCCUCCUUCACCGCCUUCGUGAAGCGAGAACGGGACCUCCAGGGGAAGCCAUCCUCUUUCUUCGGCAUGGACAGCCCCCCCCAGCUGCGGGAUGAAUUCUGAUCCUGGGCAGAGCAUAUGUGCAGAUUGAGCUGGUAUCCCCCCAGCCAGGCCUGCCAGCCAGGGGUACUCCCAGAACACAAGCCUCCUCUCUGGCCUGCACGAGAUGGAGGAAGGAACACGUCCCGACUCCCAGGGCUGCUGGGAGCCAGCAUCUCUCUCCUCCUGCCCUUUCUGCUGUUUCUCCAUUCUUCACAUCUGCAAAGCAGCCCAGCCUCUCAGUUGGCCAUGCUCUGAGCAGCCUGCAAGACCAAACUCUUUGGAGAUUUGUGUGUGUGUGU